AUGUGGGCGGCCAGUUCGGGCCCGUGCACGUUGGACGGCGCCUGUGUGCAGAGCGCGAACUAUCCGCAGGCUUAUAAUAACAACGAGGCAUGCACGAUUGAGAUCGACGCGGAGAACGCAGCACCGAUCGUGGUGGAGGCUUUCAAUGUAGAGUGGUAUUUCGACUACAUCGUUAUCGACGGAUGGAAAUACUUUAGUGGAAGACCGUGCACGUUGGACGGCGCUUGUGCGCAGAGCCCGAACUAUCCUCAGUACUACAGCAACAGCCAGGCUUGCACGAUCGAGAUCAACGCGGCGAACGCAGCACCGAUAGUCGUGGAGUACUUCAAUGUGCAGUCGUACUUCGACUACCUCUUCGUCGACGGCUGGAAGACCUUUA